UGGCAACCUUGAAAUCAAAUUUAUAGAGAGAGAGAGAGAGAGAGAGAGAAAGAGAGAGAGAGUCAAGUGAGGCCACCCUUCUUUCUCAGAAGAUCAUGUGUUAGAGCAACGUCUAGUAAUCAUGGCACCUUACAAAUCCUUCAAAUUUCUCACUCUCUCUCCACACCAGACAUGUUUUUUUGCACUUAGAAUCCUCAAUGUAGCUGAUACUACUCAAGUUUAAACAAAAUUUCUCGCAGACCUCCAUUUAUUUUCUCGGAAAGUAGCCAAGUAUGGAAGAUUUAGCUGAGAAGACUAGUGAAGGAAAAGAUGGGUUUGAAUCUAACGGCGGUGCAACUGAAUCUCUCACCGAUUCCACCACAUGUUCGAGGAGAUCUAGCUCUGAUGCUUCGACGGACGAAGCGAAAGGUAAGGAGUGUUCUUCGCCGGCUCCAUUGGGUUGGCCAAUUCGCAAAGCCCAUGUGUCAAAUUGCUCGAUUUCUGAUGCAUCUGAGGUUGAACCUAAAUCCCAUUUGGAUGAUUCGAAGGUGAAGAAAUUGGGUUCGAAAAUUUCAGAAGUUGACAUGAUGAAGGAGAGGUUUGCAAAGUUGUUGCUUGGUGAAGACAUGUCAGGGAGUGGUAAAGGGGUUUGCACCGCAUUAGUGAUUUCAAAUGCCAUAACCAACCUCUGUGCUACUGUAUUUGGGCAACUCUGGAGGUUGGAACCAUUGCCUUCUGAAAAGAAAUUGAUGUGGCGAAGAGAGAUGGAAUGGCUUCUUUGUGUUACCGAUCACAUCGUUGAGUUAAUACCUUCUUGGCAAACAUUUCCUGAUGGAAGUAAGCUUGAGGUUAUGACUUGCAGACCACGGGCGGAUCUUCUCAUCAACCUCCCAGCUCUCCGUAAACUAGACAACAUGCUCAUUGAGAUACUAGAUAGUUUUAUCAAUACCGAGUUUUGGUACGUUGAUCAAGGGAUUAUAGCCCCAGAAGCCGAUGGUUCGGCCUCUUUUCGUAAGCCCGUUCAACGGCAAGAGGAGAAAUGGUGGCUGCCAGUGCCUCGCAUCCCUCCUGGAGGUCUCCAUGAAGAUACGAGGAAGCAGUUGCAUCACAAGCGUGAAUGCGCAAAUCAAAUACUAAAAGCUGCCAUGGCUAUCAACAGCAUUGCUUUAGCUGAAAUGGAAGUUCCUGAAUCAUACUUGGAAGCUCUUCCAAAGAAUGGGCGAGCUAGUUUGGGUGAUGUUAUUUACCGGUACAUCACAUCAGAUCAAUUCUCAUCAGAGUGCUUGCUUGAUUGCCUUGACCUGUCCUCUGAACAUGUUGCUCUGGAGAUUGCAAACCGUGUGGAGGCAUCAAUUUAUGUGUGGCGUAGACGAAUUCACUCAAAACCCGUGACUAAUGCAAACCGCUCUGCGGCAAAAUCAUCUUGGGAGAUGGUCAAGGAUCUAAUGAUCGAUGGAGACAAGCUGGUAUUGCUUGCAGAAAGAGCUGAAAGCCUCCUGAUUUGCUUGAAACAACGGUUCCCUGGUCUAACCCAGACUACCUUGGAUACGAGCAAGAUACAAUACAACAAGGAUAUUGGAAAAUCCGUCCUAGAGAGCUACUCGAGGGUUUUGGAAAGCCUGGCAUUUAAUAUUGUGGCACGUAUUGAUGAUCUACUAUAUGUCGAUGACCUGACUAGACAUUCUGAUAAGCUGGGGUCUGUUCCUACUGUUAGCGUGAUUGCUCAAAAGAGAGUUUCAGUCUCACAUUCAGUGCCCGGCUCAGGCACUCCAUACAGAACAGCUUUUACAACACCAAAGUUUUCACCUGCACCGUUGAUUAGCCCUGCAAGGGGAGAGAUAACUCCAUUUCUUAGUGGCAACAACAACAACAACAAGCCUCCACGUCGUGGCUUUGGGGUGAAAAGAGCCUUAACAAAUUAUCUUGGGGGCGAUGCGAAAGUGAAAAAUUGUGGGAAUCCAACAGAAGGGUUAGGUUUAGUUCCAAACAAACAUGCUCAAGUGCCUGCAUCUCAGAGCACGGACGGUUCAGAGUGUCAUAAAAAGCCUCCAGCUCCCCAAAAUGGGGACAGGUUCCGACAGAUUGAUCGUUGAGAUUCUGUUGCUUGGUAUUGAGGAGAGAAGGAAAGAGAAACAUGUAUUCGAAAAACAAAAAAGCAAAAGCAUCAUAAAAAACCUUCUUGGUUUUUACUGAUUGUGAUCAUAUCUUUGUAGGAAUUGAGCAUUUUUUCGUUUGAUCUUCUGAUAUCUUGCUAGUUGUGUGCUGUUGUUUUAUUUUGACAGUAGAACUGUAUUUCCAUAUGUAUGUAUUCUAUGGAGCUACAACUAAAUAGAAAUAGACACUUGAUUGUUCAA